GCUUGAAUCAGAAGCAUACCCUUGAUUUGAUACUCUCUUGGGAAAAAACACCACCAUCUGUGUAAUACUUUGAUACCCCCAAAGCUCAAACGACCGCUUGUACAUACAAUAACACCGCCACAAUGUUCGCCAACUUGACGCACGCUACCCUGCGAUUCAUCGCCUUCUUCAACCACCUGAUGAUCCUGGCCUCAUCAGCCAUCGUCACCGGCCUCGUAUCCUGGUUCCUCGACAAGUACGACUACCGCGGCGUGAACAUUGUCUACCAGGAAGUCAUCGCCACCAUAACUCUGGGCUUCUGGCUCGUUGGUGCCGUCUUGCCCCUCGUUGGCAGAUACCGCGGCCACCUGGCCCCUCUCAACCUCAUCUUCUCCUACCUCUGGCUCACCUCUUUCAUCUUCUCCGCGCAGGACUGGAGCAGCGACAAGUGCAGCUUCGGCCAGCCUGGCGAGGGCCACUGCAGCCGCAAGAAGGCCAUUGAAUCCUUCAACUUUAUCGCAUUCUUCUUCCUCCUCUGCAACACCCUGGUUGAGAUGCUCCUGCUCCGCGCCGAGUAUGCUACCCCCGUUGCUGCUGCUCACAACAAGGAGAUUUCUGCCGGCCGCCCCUCUGACAACUCUGUCUAAAUAACAAUAGACAUGCAUAGAUGAACGGAGACCACUUCUACUUUCUUUGCGAGUUCCUGAUCCCCGCGCUCGCAUGGUUCAUCUGCUACAACAACACAAUGACAAUCCGAACCAGUCAAUAAACCUCGACAACACGACGAGUACUUUUGCGGAUAGAAAGAUACCCAUUACACAGGAGAUCAAAUGGGGAAAUUGGAAGUGUAUGGAUGGACGCCCGUGUAUAAUGAGGUUGUGAACGGGAUGGGAGGCAAUGAAUAAUGGAUAAUGAGGUAAUGGAUAGAUUCGGUCGUUUUGAUACCACAGCUGCACUCUGCUCUACGUCUGUCAUUAAUGAUACAUACAAAUGAU